UCUCUCAUUUUCUGUCACGUAUGCACGCACACAUAUCGUCUUGUUUCGUUGCUCCGCUGGUACAAAGAUCAACAGGACGGUCAGUAUCGUACCAGUUCGCAUUCGUUUUGGACGUGUGCGGUCAAACACAUACGACGAAUUUGUUCCAUAGUGAAAUCUCGCAGAGACGCAUCUCUCGAAAGUGAAUCUCGCGAGUCUUGACAAUAUCGAAGAGCUAAAGAGUUUCAAGAAAGUGCGAGAGAAAAAACAAAGCGAGAAAGAGAGAAAGAGGGAGGGAGGGAGAGAAAAAACUUCUUCAAUUCUCGAAAUUUACGCUUUUCUUGCAAAGGGUUGAAUACUCUUCGUCAUUACUUGAAGGACUAUCAAGAUGGGUAUGAUAGCGCGCGUGAGGCGUCGCGUCCGUGCGAAUUCGUUGACGAUCGACAAGGAGAAGACGGCACAAAGCGUCUGCCUUCUAAGCGCGGUUCUUCUUCUGCCCUAUUGCCCGCGCGGUCCACUGCCACUUUUGCCAUCUCCCGCACCGGUCUUAUAUUCAGCCCUCGUCCUACCUGUUGUUCUAAGUGCGAAUUAUAGGUACCCGGUCCCAACUCUCAAGACUCUCGCCGAGGCGGUUAAAGGUGGAGCUAAGAGAGCCUGGCAUCCUCUGAAUCGCUUCCUGAGACGAUUGUACGCGCCGGUGGACCGCGCGGAAAAUCUCUUCCUGAAGAUGCGCAAUCUCUCCGUCAUGGCAAACCAGAUAGUAUUCCUGAUUCUAGCUGACAGAGUGUUGCUGCCGCAACAGAGGCUGACCUGCCUAUAUACGCUCAUGUUCUACAACGUGAUAGCCUACUGCGUGAGCUACAUUAAGGAGCUGAUCCAGAAGGAGGACUGGUCGCCGUACGUCACCCUGACCGAGCGGUCCAAGAUCAAGCAUCUCGCGAUGUCGGCUACCAAGAUCGUGCUCGAAUGGACCAAGGCGGUGACAUUCGUCGUCACAUUAACCUUCAUGCUUCUCGUAUUCGGAUUGGAACAAGGUCUCGACCAUUACAAGCCUUCGUUGAUCUACACAGUAGUCACGUGGAUUUAUUAUUCGGCGACGGAGAAGGUUUUCGUCGAAAUGUUUCCGACGAUCUUGGGCUUCUUGCAGCUGGAAGCAUUGGAGAACAUCGAGAAUCUGUACGCGCCGGUGAUACUACGCUGUUUUACAAUCGCCAUGUCGUUGAUCUUCAGCAUCCUGCUGUUGCCAUCAGCCUCCUGGAGGUUCCUGAUGGUUGCCACAUAUCUAAACGUAUAUCUACGAUGGAAAGAACUGAUGCAGAAUUCAGGCGCGGUGCUGCGACGUGAACGCGAAGUGUUGAAUCGCUACAGAAAAGCGACCCUCGAGGAGAUCGAGAGGUUCGACGACGUGUGCGCGGUGUGCCUGUGCAGUAUGACGAAGGCCAGGGUGACACCAUGCCAUCAUCUGUUCCACGCGGACUGUCUGCGACAAUGCCUGAAGACGAGCGACAAAUGUCCCAUGUGCAAGCGUGAGCUCAAGUUCGAUUAGGUAAACGACAUCGAGGAGUACUCUUUUGAUCGUCUUUCUAAGAAAUUUACACACGUGAUUUUAAAAAUACACCGCUGAAAAAGAAGAAGAGGAAGACGCAGGAAGAUACUUUACGUCUAGAAGAUUUAGGAUGUCUUUUAUGUAUUCGGAUUUACGACGUCAUUGGUGUUGAGAUUUAUAGCGUCUUUUUGUAUCUGAAAGAUUUAAGAGAUAUUCAAAAUGACAAUCGCAUUAUUUGAGAAGAGAGUCAACGAAAGAGAGAAGAGCUUGCGAUAUUAUAAAAUGCUGAUAAUAUUCGCAACGCUCGUGGAAUGCAUGUUCCUUUAGAUAUACUGUGAUAUAGAUGAGCAGCAUCCUAGCUUAGAAUUACAUGAAGAUAAACUUUAUCACGUCGACACGUCGUAAUUCAUAACGUAACUAGCGAAUGGAAAUACGCUUAUUUUGUAUUAUUAUCUUUCAUUAAUGUAUCAUUAAUGUAAUGUCCAUCGAAGAAUAUACUUGCGAACUAUGUUGUUUACAUAUACGUUUACAUAAUACGUAAAGAACAUUUUCCGUUGCAUAAGUCACGUAUUAAGCAAAUCGUGUAUCCCUAUUGUGUAUCUUUUUACAAAAUCUAAACAGUUUACAAUUUGAAUGGAAAAUUAUUAUACAGCAAAUUGUGAAUAGAAUUAGUAUAGAACAAUUCUUUAAAAUAGUAUAAAAUAUUAUACGCUAUAAUUUGCUUUUUUUCAAAAAACCGCGAUGAAAUUUGUAAAAGCUGCAUGAUAAUACAAUUGCAAGAGAACAAAUAGUAUUAAAAGAUUUUUUC